GGCCGCUGGGGCGGAAGUCUUCAGGCUCGGGACGCGAGACGUUGUUGGGAGCGGUGGAGGCCGGCUCGGAGAGAGUGACUUGUGAUGUCACUGUCCCACUUGUACCGGGACGGGGAAGGCCUAAUGGAUGAUGACGAUGACGAGCGGGAGAACUUCGAGAUCACUGACUGGGAUCUCCAGAAUGAGUUCAACCCCAACCGGCAGCGCCACUGGCAGACCAAGGAAGAGGCCACCUAUGGGGUGUGGGCUGAGCGCGAUUCGGAUGAGGAGAGGCCCAGCUUCGGAGGCAAACGGGCCCGUGACUACUCCGCACCUGUGAACUUCAUCAGCGCUGGGCUCAAGAAAGGGGCAGCUGAGGAAGUGGAGCUGGAAGAUUCUGAUGAAGAGGAGAAACCUGUGAGACAGGAAGACUUCCCUAAGGAUUUUGGACCAAAGAAGCUGAAAACGGGAGGCAACUUUAAGCCCAGCCAGAAAGGCUUCGCAGGAGGAAGCAAGUCCUUCAUGGACUUUGGCAGUUGGGAGAGACACACAAAAGGGAUUGGGCAGAAGCUUUUGCAGAAGAUGGGCUACGUCCCCGGCCGGGGCCUCGGGAAGAAUGCCCAAGGUAUCAUCAACCCAAUUGAGGCCAAGCAGAGGAAGGGGAAAGGCGCAGUGGGGGCCUAUGGCUCGGAGCGGGCCACGCAGUCCCUGCAAGACUUCCCUGUGGUAGACUCGGAGGAGGAGGCUGAGGAGGAGUUCCAGAAGGAGCUGAGCCAGUGGAGGAAAGACCCCGGCGGAGGCAAGAAGAAACCCAAGUACUCUUACAAGACGGUGGAGGAGCUGAAGGCCAAGGGCAGGAUCAGCAAGAAGCUCACCGCCCCCCAGAAAGAGCUUUCUCAGGUCAAGGUCAUCGACAUGACAGGCCGGGAGCAGAAGGUCUACUACAGCUACAGCCAGAUCAGCCACAAGCACGGUGUGCCCGAUGAUGGGCUGCCCCCGGCCGCCCAGCCACUGCCACUGCCGGGCAAGGAGACUAAGGUGCCAGGCUUUGCACUGCCCGAGCUGGAGCACAACCUGCAGCUGCUCAUCGAGCUCACGGAGCAGGAGAUCAUCCAGAGUGACCGGCAGCUGCAGUACGAGCGCGACAUGGUGGUCAACCUCUCGCACGAGCUGGAGAAGAUGUCUGAGGUGCUGGAGCACGAGGAGCGCGUCAUCUCCAACCUCAGCAAGGUGCUGGAGAUGGUGGAGGAGUGUGAGCGGCGCCUGCAGCCGCACUGCCCUGACCCCCUCACGCUGGACGAGUGUGCCCGCAUCUUCCAGACCCUGCAGGACAAGUACUACGAGGAGUACCGCAUGUCGGACCGUGUGGACCUGGCCGUGGCCAUUGUCUACCCGCUCAUGAAAGACUACUUCAAGGAGUGGGAUCCCCUCAAGGACUGCACCUAUGGAACUGAGAUCCUCUCCAAGUGGAAGAGCCUGCUGGAGAAUGAUCAGAUCCUGUCCCACGGUGGCCAGGAUCUCUCAGCUGAUGCCUUUCACAGGCUCAUAUGGGAAGUCUGGAUGCCUUUUGUUCGAAAUAUCGUCACCCAGUGGCAGCCAAGGAACUGUGAGCCAAUGGUGGACUUCCUGGAUAGCUGGGCACACAUCAUCCCUGUGUGGGUCUUGGAAAACAUACUGGACCAGCUGGUCUUCCCCAAGCUGCAGAAGGAGGUGGACAGCUGGAACCCACUGACGGACACGGUGCCCAUCCACUCAUGGAUCCACCCAUGGCUGCCCCUCAUGCAGGCGCGGCUGGAGCCACUCUACUCACCCAUCCGCAGCAAGCUGUCCAGUGCCCUGCAGAAGUGGCACCCCAGCGAUGCCUCGGCCAAGCUCAUCCUGCAACCCUGGAAGGACGUCUUCACCCCGGGCUCCUGGGAGGCCUUCAUGGUGAAGAACAUUGUGCCCAAGCUGGGCAUGUGUCUGGGUGAGCUGGUCAUCAACCCCCACCAGCAGCACAUGGACGCUUUCUACUGGGUGAUGGACUGGGAAGGGGUGAUCUCCGUGUCCAGCCUGGUGGGGCUCCUGGAGAAGCACUUCUUCCCCAAGUGGCUUCAGGUGCUGUGCUCCUGGCUCAGUAACAGCCCCAAUUACGAGGAGAUUACCAAGUGGUACCUGGGAUGGAAGUCUGUGUUCUCAGACCAGGUGCUGGCCCACCCAGCGGUCAAGGACAAGUUCAAUGAAGCACUGGACAUCAUGAACAGGGCGGUGUCCUCCAAUGUUGGGGCCUACAUGCAGCCAGGAGCACGGGAGAACAUUGCGUACCUCACGCACACGGAGCGCAGGAAGGACUUUCAGUACGAGGCCAUGCAGGAGCGGCGUGAGGCCGAGAACAUGGCGCAGAGGGGCAUCGGUGUGGCCGCCAGCUCAGUGCCCAUGAACUUCAAGGACCUCAUUGAGACUAAGGCGGAGGAGCACAAUAUCGUCUUCAUGCCGGUCAUCGGCAAGCGGCACGAAGGCAAGCAGCUGUACACCUUCGGCCGGAUCGUCAUCUACAUUGACCGGGGUGUGGUGUUUGUGCAGGGUGAGAAGACCUGGGUGCCCACCUCCCUGCAGAGCCUCAUCGACAUGGCCAAGUAGGCUGCCCGCGCGCCACGGCUGCACCAGGGCCCACAGAGAGAGGACAGCCUGUGAAUACACUGUCUGAACUUGUCUUUGGACGUAGCGUCUCUGUUCAGGACACGCCACCUCGCCACCAGGGAGGGACGUGGGGCAUGUUGCAGCGUCAAGAUGUCCUAAGAAGACCUCACCGUCCCCAGACAGGACAGCUACCCACAGG